AUAAAGUGGUUCUCUUUUUGAAAGGUGAAAUACAGUUUUAAAGUCCCCGGUAGCAUUUUCUUUCGGAUCAUCGGUGACGCGGCUGCUGAAUACCCGAAACGCCCUGCAGGAUCUGUGCUCUACUGCCUUCGGAGAGGUGAGAUUGGUGCACUUCCAGGUUGAUCCCAACAUCUUUUGGUGCCGUGACCAGGAUCGCUCUGGAGAGCAUCCAAUCGCUGGAACUAAGGACGCCAUUACGAUCUGCAGUAGCGUGAUCGUAGGCCCUUGAAGCCCUUGGACAACGCCAUCUUUCCCACGCCAGUAGUCGAACAAAGGUGCUUUGUUCUUGGGAAUAAUUCAAAGCCUAUUGUAAUAGCGAAACGGUGAGUAGCACUCCAAGGUCUCACUGACUGCUCACAGGUACGCUUUAGAUCCCUGCUUUUUCCCUUUCCGAGGAAAUUCUUCAAACUUGAUCAACCUUUCAAAUCGAGCGGAACAUACCAACCGAGGUACCAACUUCCUUACACAACUCAGGACGAUUACGACGGUUUCAAAACGAUUAAUUGGUUAAUUGGUGCGCUGGUCAUUACUCGCUGGAUUCGUGGUUGCUGGACAUAUUUUUCAUACAAGGCCCUAUAAGCCUUGCCAAAGAAUUCUUUCACGUGCUAAACAUGGAGCAUCCUCAGAUGCCAGAUGAACGGCGGAAACAACAGCUGGCUCAACGGAGGACAACCCUACUGGCUUCGCUUGGACGUGCGGACCAGUUUUUGCAGCGGUAUCAGGAGGAACGGGACGGCUUCGAGGUAGCUAUACGCUUGGAAAACCUCGAGGAAAUUUGGCGGGAACUAUGCGAGAUUCAACUGGAGAUUGAGGACGGCGAAACAAGUAACGAAGGUAUGAUGCUCAAUCUCAGCUAUCGCUCUUCCUUUGAGACACAAUAUUUUAAAAUAAAAGCUGGCAUGCGAUCUAAACUUGCUCUUCAAAUUUCUCAAUCUGGCAACCUUCCCACUAACCCCCCUCCACCAAUCAACACGCUUAGAGGACUUAAGUUACCAACAAUUUCUUUGCCUGAUUUCUCUGGAGAUUACAUGGAUUGGCUAGCAUUCCAUGACACCUUUCUUGCACUAAUACACUCGAAUCCGGAUUUGCCUGAAAUUCAAAAAUUUCACUACUUGCGAGCUGCGGUUAAAGGCGAGGCAAGUCAGGUGAUUGAAUCAAUUGGAAUAUGCUCGGCGAAUUACACUCUAGCUUGGCAGGCCUUGGUCAAUCGAUAUGCCAAUGAGUACUUACUGAAGAAACGCCACCUGCAAGCUAUAGUGGACAUCCCCAGUAUGAAGAGAGAAACAGCGGCAUCUUUACAUGCGCUUGUGGAUGAGUUCGAAAGGCACGUGAAAACCCUGAAGCAAUUGAAGGAGCCAACUGAUUCUUGGAGUACGAUGCUGGAGCACCUGGUAUGUAUUCGAUUGCACGAAGAGACUCUUAAAGCAUGGGAAGAUCAUGCGUCCACCAUAAAGGAACCGUCUUACGCCAACUUGGUGGAGUUCCUGCAGCGAAGAAUGCGCGUGCUUGAAUCCAUUUCGGUUAACAUUCAGCAAUCAGGAUCAUCACAUUCGUAUCCGCUUGAUGCGUUCGACUCUAGAAUAUCUACUCAUGUAUCUACUAGUGUGGCUAUGGAAGGUGCAUCCGUUAUGUGUCCAGUGUGCGAUCAACCUCAUCCCUUGUUGAAAUGUUACAAAUUUUCAAGUUUCUCGCUACAGGACAGGCUCAAUUUAGUGAACACUCGCCGUUUAUGCUCAAACUGUCUGCGCGACAAUCAUUUCAUGCGAAGAUGUCCUUCAAAGUUCAACUGUCGAACGUGCCAGAAGCGCCACCAUACAAUGUUGCAUCCGGGAUUCAUGGAUAACGGGAUACACGGUAAUACGUCCACGGGUACUAGUCAAGGCUCUAACCAGGCAGCUACCCAGGUUAACUUAACUACCGCGGGCGAGGAGAACAACCAAUCGAUACCAACAACCAUUGCAUCGGUUAAUUCUUGUGAUACAGGUAGCAGUCUUCCUCUCAGUGGAGUGGAGAAAAACGUGUUUAUGUUAACGGCCAUAGUCAUUGUGGUUGACAAGUUCGGGAACCACCACUUGGCUCAAGCGCUGUUGGAUAGCGCAUCACAGCCUAACCUGAUGACAGAGCGUAUGGCACAACUAUUGGGGUUGCAGCGAGUAAGAUCGAACGUGAUUAUCAACGGAGUGGGAGGACUACCACAGAGGGCUAGAGAGUCUGUAUUUGUCCAGGUGCAAUCUAGAAAAACGAAUUUUUCUUUAGACAUGAAUUGCCUCAUCCUGAAAAAAAUCACAUCCGCUUUGCCCUUUCAAGAUGUAUCGAUAACGGAUUGGAAGCUGCCAACAGACGUGUUCUUAGCGGAUCCGUCAUUCAACAAGCAGGGAGACAUCGAUAUGAUAAUAGGAAAUGAGCAUUUCUUUUCCUGCUUCGUCAAUGCUUGCAGACUGCGAAUCUCCGAAUCACUUCCUUUGCUAGUUGACAGUGUAUUUGGAUGGCUUGUAUCAGGGGCGGCCAACGUAGACACACAGCCCAGUGCCGUAGGCGUGCUGGCAACUUCACUUCAUCCGCUGGAAGAAAGCAUAGAACGGUUUUGGAAAAUUGAGGACUUAUCUAAACAACCUAACUAUUCCUUGGACGAAGCACAAUGUGAACAGCUAUACUCUGCCACUACAACCAGGGACACGAGCGGGCGGUAUGUGGUCCGCCUACCCCGUCGCUCAAACUUCGACGAACUGUUGGGUGAUUCAAAAAGCGUCGCGCUGCGCCGUUUUCAUCUGUUAGAACGAAAGCUGAACCGCGAUAUUUGUUUGAAAAAUGAAUAUCAAAAGUUUAUCGCCGAGUAUCUCGCCCUAGGACACAUGCGACUGGCCAACACAACCAUAGCAGAGCAAUGCUGCUAUCUUCCUCACCACGCGGUGAUCAAAGAAGCCAGUACUACGACUAAGGUACGCGUCGUUUUUGAUGGUUCUGCUAAAACAACAACUGGAAAAUCGCUCAACGACGCCCUGUUAGUAGGACCUGUGGUACAGGACGAACUUUUGGCAAUUGUUCUUCGUUUUCGUACGUAUCCCGUGGCGAUAGUAGCGGACAUCGAGAAAAUGUAUCGCCAAGUACUGAUCCACCCCGGUGACACCCCGCUGCAAAAAAUUUUAUGGCGUUUUCGUGAAACUGAUCCCGUUCAGGAAUACGAGCUUUCAACAGUGACAUAUGGUCUGGGCCCAUCGUCUUUUCUGGCUACCCGCACACUAAAACAGCUUGCAUAUGAUGAAGGAACCAAAUAUCCAAAUGGGGGACCUGCGCUGCUGAAAGGUUUUUAUGUAGACGACUUUAUAGGCGGUGCUGAGUCGACCGAAGAAGCCAUACAAUUGAGGAAGGAACUGACAGAACUACUUGCUAGCGGUGGAUUCAAACUUCGAAAGUGGACUUCGAGCGAUCGCAAAGUACUGGAAGGACUUCCACUUGAUCAAAUCGGCACCCAAUCCUGCCUGAAGUUCGACGUCGAAGAAACGGUAAAAACCCUCGGAAUAAUUUGGGACCCCGGAAAUGACCUGCUCCGCUUCAACAACGACACGCGACCACGGGAAGGCAGUCCUACCAAGCGCUCAAUAUUGUCAGACAUCUCGCAGCUUUUUGAUCCUCUAGGAUUAAUUUCACCAAUAAUCAUUCGAGGUAAAAUGCUCAUGCAACAACUUUGGUUGCUCUCCUGUGGCUGGGAUGAGGAGGUACCCGAUAGUUUGGCAACAAAAUGGUUAAAGUACACCAACCAGCUUUCCAAAAUUGGCGAUUUUCACAUUAACCGAUACGUUCUGCAACCUCAUUGCACGGUUCAGCUGCACACAUUCGCGGAUGCAUCAGAAAGUGCGUAUGGGGCGUGCACUUAUGCGCGAUCAAUCGACUCAUCAGGCAACAUACGAGUUGAACUAUUGGCAUCGAAAUCACGAGUGGCUCCACUGAAACGGUUGACUCUUCCUCGUUUAGAGCUAUGCGCAGCCGAUUUAGCCGCAAAACUGCAUACACAAAUAGUUGAGGCGCUUCAAAUAAAAGUAUCUGCCUCCUACUUUUGGUCCGACUCUAAAGUUGCCCUACAAUGGAUCAAAGCUCCGCCAAACACGUGGCAAACAUUUGUCGCCAACCGAGUAGCACAAAUUCAAGCUGCCACACAAGGUACACAUUGGAAUCACGUCGCAGGAAUCCAAAACCCAGCCGAUAUGAUUUCUCGAGGGAUGGAUGUCAACGAGUUCUUGGAAUGCACAACCUGGAAGCACGGCCCUACGUGGCUUGCAUUGCUUGAAUACCAAUGGCCGAUUUACACUGUUCCUGAAUACCCUCAAGAUGGAGAAGAGCGCCGCAGAAUAAUCGUCGCGUGUACGAACAUGAACUCUGAUACAAAUCCAAUAUUUUCCAAAUUUUCGUCCUUUACCCGUCUAGUGCAUGUUACGGCAUACUGCAUGCGAUUUUUCCAUAACGUACGCCAUAAGAUUCGCAGGCAGUCGAUACCGACAACUAGCAGUAAAACACUCAGCGCCGAAGAAAUAAACCGUGCAAAGGACACUCUCGUUCGAUUGGCACAAGAAGAUGAAUUCAAGGAGGAAUUACACGAUUUGCGCCAACAGAAAGGCGUUUCCAAGCGAUCACCUAUACAUACACUAGCACCUUUUCUAGACCCUGAAGGGCUUCUUCGCGUUGGGGGGAGGUUGAGGUUGUCAGACCAGCCAUACAAUAAAAAGCAUCCAUCCCUAAUCCCGAGUUUCCAUCCUCUUGCACGUAUGCUAGCUAAACACUUCCAUUUAACACUAAUCCACGGUGGCGGCCGUUUAACUCUCGCCGCCAUGAGAGAACAAUAUUGGCCAGUGCAUGGAAGGAGAUUGGUUCGUAGUGUUAUCCGACACUGUUACCGUUGCACUCGAGUCGAUCCCGUUCCCCUGACUCAACAGACUGGGCAGCUACCAGCAACCCGAAUCACACCAAGCCGACCAUUCAACUCUACCGGCAUCGAUUACGCCGGGCCCCUCUAUCUGAAACCGGUGCACAAACGUGCAGCUGCAACAAAAGUAUACGUGUGCCUUUUUGUAUGCUUUUGCACCAAAGCGGUGCACAUUGAGCUAGUAGGAGAUUUAUCGACGCAAGCGUUUUUGUCAGCUCUAAAGCGAUUCGUUUCACGACGUGGUCGACCAGCACACAUUUAUAGCGACAACGGAAAAAACUUCGAAGGUGCCAAAAACACUCUGGAAGAAAUUCAGCGCUUCCUGACGGAUGAAGAUGUCUAUAGCUGGAGCGGCGACGAAGGUAUAACAUGGCAUCUGAACCCUCCUAAAGCACCACACUUUGGUGGAUUGUGGGAAGCUGCGGUGAAAGUGGCGAAAAAGCAACUCUAUCGGCAAUUGGGCAGCUCACGGUUAUCCUUUGAAGAUCUAUCUACUGUUCUAACGCAAAUUGAAGGGAGCAUGAACUCGCGUCCCCUAGUUCCACUAACAGAAGAUCCCAGUGAUCUAGCCUGUCUCACACCUGCUCACUUUUUGGUUGGCUCCACACUUCAUGCUGUUCCGGAACUGGAUAUUAGAAACUUGCCGAUAAGUAGACUGGACCACUAUCAAAAGUUGCAACGCAUCCAUCAACAAUUUUGGCAGCAUUGGCAGGCUGAAUACUUGCAAGAACUCCAGAAGGAUAAUUGCUUUUCUAGUCCCAACCAUGAAAUUCAGCCCGGUCGUCUCGUUGUUGUUAUGGAUGAACAAUUGGUUCCGAUCAAAUGGCCACUCGCCCGCAUCAUUGCGGUACAUCCAGGGCUGGACAAACUGAUUCGAGUAGUGGAUCUCCGGACCGCGCGUGGUAUUAUUAGACGUCCGAUAACGAAAAUCUGCCUCUUGCCGAUGGAAUCCGUAGAGCAGUCAUCAAACGCGGAAAAAAAUGAACAAAGUGAUGUCAUCAACGCACCAACAGGAUCACAAAUGACAGCAACAGUAGCGGCUCUCUCUGGUGCUGAUCUACACACAUAAAUGAAACUACGUGGUUGAAGAUAAGAAGAGCGAAAUUGUAACCCUAAUUUACAGUUAAAGUAAUAUUUAUGGUGACGGUGGAUUGAUAAAGUCUUAUUAGAUUAAUUUAUUAUAAUUAGUUCUCAUCAUUUUAUAUUUUGUA